AUGUCACCGGCAAAGCAAGAUGAGAUACCUCCUCCGAACCCAGAGACUCCGAGACGAACCUCGGCCGCCAAACAUGGCGUACCUACGACGCCAGGAAAUAGACGACCUUCGGCCCAGGCCGCCACCACGCCCAAGAGCGCUCCCGCUGCCGCCGGUCACGGCUCGCCGCAGAAGAAGAAGACUGAGCCAACUCUGCUGGCCGACUUCCUGCUCGGUCGUCCCUCGCCGGCUCGCCAAGCAGCCCAACGAGAUGCCUUGAAGCAACGGCGCAAAAGCAUGGCGGCAGAUGCGGCGAAUGUGCGGGAAGAACUACGCCGGGAGAUGCGCGAGGCUGCAGUUCGCAGGCUUCAGCAACCAGGAGGCGUAAAGGAUCGAGUAAAAGCAUGGCAAAAGGCCAGUGCAGCCGCCAUGAAGGAACAAGGGGGAGGGGUGCCGUGCGCUGAGGACGUGCGAAGUGAGCCGACCGAUGUUGCCCUACAUGUCGCGGCCGAGAGUGUGACUGAGGAGGACCGAGUGCGAAUCAAGAUGCGGCAAAAGCCCAAGAAGAAGAAAGUUAAGGCUGAGAAAGCCGAGGUGAGGGACGACGUGGAGGAGGAAAAGGAGGAGGACAAGGAAAACCACGAUGCUCAGACUGGUGACGAUACGAAGCGAGACAAGGCAGGUCCCGGACCGGCGCUUGCGUCUAAGGAGCCGCGAGCCGCCAAAGACGCCCCCAAGAGGAGAAUCGUUAGUGACGAUAAUUGGAUGAAGCGUAGGAAGGGGAAGAGCCCGCCUCCCGCCAACUCUCCGAAACUGAGGACAGACAAAAGCCCAGCUCCAAUACCGAAGGACUUCCUGCAAAAAACAACACAGAAUCCAUCUGUACAGAGCAAGAUCAAAGACUGGGUCGAGAGAGUUGAAAUUACUGAACCGCCCCGGGUGAAACACUCUCGGCAUGAAAAGGCCGACGGAACAAUUACCAUCGAAGAAGAUAUUCCGAGCACGGUGGAAUCUUGUGCAGAAGAACGGGCAACGCCCAAGGCCCGAGUAAAUGAUGGCAUCAGAGUUAAGCCGAUUAAGCCAAGGAAGCCAACGUCGGAUACAGAUGACAGCAUCCGAUUAUCCUCAGUGCGAAAAAGCGACCGCACUGAUGAUGAUGGAAUCCGAGUACGGCCCAUGGAAAGCGGAGUGCCAGACGAUGGGAUCAGGGUACGUCCCAUGAAAAGCAAGCUUCCGGAUGACGGAAUCCGAGUGCGGCCGAUUGACAGCCCGUCACCGGGUGACGGAAUUGAAACUUGCCUCGGGUCUCAGAGAUCUGCCGAUGAGUUACCUCUUCGGUCCGCAUCAUCCAGACCGACAUUUGUAGGGAGGGACUCUAGCCUUCCAAGCAGCCGGCGAGGUGGUUCUUCUGAUAACGUGAUUGAGGUCAUCGAGGAGAAUGAGACUGAGCUUGACACUCCAACGAAGAGGAAGGUCUCUCGCCGUCGCUCGAGACGGGCACCCAGUCCUAGUCCCAUCAUACAGAGAGCUAGCCCGGCCGAUGACCAACGCUCAGAUUAUCCGGCGACGCCUGUCAAUCCUGAACGUGAGGGGUCAGACAACGAAUCCGAGAGAGUCCCGCCGACUGUAUUGGGAAACAAGUCGCUUGCGGAUAUUCCAUUUGGGUAUUCAGCGUUUAGUGUUCUUGAUUUGCCCCUGGGGGCAGAAGCGAGGCACGGGACGAAAAAGCCGAAAACUCAACGGAACCCGAGCUUCAAGGCGAUGCCAAAGGUGCUCAAAAAAGUUGUGACUGGUGCCAAAGAGAUCAUCCAAGAACGGGUUGAGCCUCCCAGACCGGCCGCGGCAAAUCAGCCGCAGAGUAUAGAGUCCUGGCUGAAUGAUACGGUCGAUCCCUUCGUAGAACCCAUUGUCAAGGAUCAGGUAUGCGAUAGGCAGCCAACUCCAGAAUCCCGGGGACAGGCGCUGAAUAGCGGGAAGCGGCCAACAUCGCGGUCCCCAUCUGGAAGUCGGCAAAGAGAAACAGUCAGUCCCGCACCGGCGAAGAAACCCGAGCCCCGAGAGACAGCUGAGCAACAGCAGGAAGAUGAUGGUGCCACCCCCAGAAAACCGAAAAGCCCUGUUACCCCAACGACCGGCUUGAAGAGAAGGCGGGCAACCAGGACCGCACCAUCCCCAACCAAGUCAGGGGGGAAAAAGCCGUUCCGAGAUCUGCUGAAAGAGGCUUUCCGGGGCGAGUCUGGCGGUCACAAGCUACCACCCACAGUAUAUCCCAGCUGUGAGACAGACUAUGAGGACGAAGGCGACUAUGCGGAGGACGACUGGGAGUCAACCGAUGAACGGCGACGAUCUACGGACAGAAUCAGGAGGCCGCCGUCUCCUAGUUACUCAUCUACGUACGACUCUACUCUCUCCUCUGAGCUGUCCAGCCAUGGCCCUUUACGAAAUAGACCGCCGACUACCGGUGCGCACGAGCUGUCGACUAUUGUGUCGGAAGAGUCUCGCAUCACAGCCGGUUCCGAGACGAUCUCCACCGUGUCCGAAACAACAGUCACUCAGACAACCGCCUUCACCCAGACUACUGAUAUUCCCCGACAGAGGAGCCAAAAGUCUGGUCUCAAGCGGCGUCUCACCAAACAUUCAGACCUCGUAUCCGUCCUGUCACUGCCAGACGACGGCCAGCUAAUCCCACCGAGAAGCUCGAAGAGCAUAAAAUCGUCGCGGAGCCUGCACCGCAGGCCCAGCAGGGCUAGCAGGGCCAGCAGGGCCAAUAGGAGCCAGGCAGAUGAGCUGCUUGAGGAAUUUGCCAAUGAUGAACACUUCUACGGAAGGGAACUGAAAACUCUCGUCGAUGGCGUCGUUCCGGUGCUUUUGAAAGAUGUUCUUCGGGGUGGACUUGCCACGCGCAACGGGCCAGGCAGGGAUGCAGACGCGACGGCCAAGUCUGUGGUCAACAUGGGCAUGGCGCUCGAAAAGCUAAAACAGUUCCACCAACGAGCGCCACUCUCGGAUAUCAAUCAGCUUCUGACUUGGCUUGAGGCUGUCUCCCAGGCCUAUGAACACUACCUGGACGUCUGGCAACUCGGCUUUCAGGGUUUGAUUAUCAAUCUCGCUCCAAAAUCUGGCCGUUUCAACGACGAUGACUCGCUGCUAAAUGCACUUCCUUUAAAUGAGGAUGGCGAUGUGGUGGGAGAAAAUGGGGAGCGAGUGGAUGUCGCGUACCUUCUGAAACGGCCCCUGAUCAGGGUCAAAUGGAUGACCAAAUUCCUAAAGGCUGCCGUCGCAGUCACCGGAGCUCCGGAGGCAGAGAAUCUCCUCGCAGUUUUCGAGACUCUUCAGGAGAAGGCCCGCAAGAGACACAAAGAGGAGACCGCCCGCAUGACCGAUGAAGAUGCGAACAGCACUGACACGACCCGCUGCCGAGACUUGAGAAACCUUCUACCGCUCAGUGGCGUCUUAGUCAAUCAGAUGCGUCAGGUCGUUGCCUUGGAUGUCUUCGCCCUCGAUUUGCAUCAUUCAACCGGCCAGAGGCUAGAAUGUCAGGUUGAGUUGAUCUAUAGAGACAAUCCGAGUGUCCCCGCCGACCAGGGAGACAUUCUCAUCAGGCAAAUUGGAGACGACGCUCGAUCAUGGCUAUUAUUCCCUCCGGUACCAGCCUCGAACAUAUCCGCCCGGAAAAGCGAUGUUGAACAGUCCUUGGUCGUCAUGGUACGCGGCACACACAAUGGAAACGAAUGGUUUGAGCUCCUCAAGCUAUCAUCGAACAGUGAAGAACAGCUAGACUACUGGAUGUCAGUUCUUGGCAGUCAUCCGGUGCCGCCCGCCGUGGGUCGGACACCCACCACCAUGAUCCCAGAGGCAACGUCGCCAAAAUCGGACGGUAUCGAUAUUCCGCUUGGUGAAAGCAGGCUUAGCACGCCUGGUUUGGAGUCACCAGGGGUCGAGCAGUCCAGGACCCCAUCUCGAUACCACCCAAAGCCACUUCCUCCUUCUACACCAACUUCACCGUCACCAGAUCCUUGUGCCACCAUCUCGCCAGAUAGGAUGCCCACGCCCACUCGAGAAACUUAUUCUCAUAGCUGCCUGGAUGAAGGUCGAAGCCUGCCCCCAUGGAACAGCCCCUCUCAUGAGCCUGUGAAGGCUUCAAGACCGCCUCCUAAUUCAAGACCUUAUCGUGAGGAUGGAGCUCCUCCACCGCCUAUCCACCGUACUCUCGGCUCGAAUAGUCCAGGCAUUUUCACGCCUCCCGUUGAUGUCAGCCCACAUACCAGAGUAAAGCGCCGAAUGUCAUCUCCGCUCAAGCAUGAAUACCAUCCAUCCGACAUCUCGUCUGACAGUUCAACAUCCCUGAGCGACGACUCCGACUCGUCCCAGUCUUCCAGCGACGAGCUAGAUGAAGAUGAAGUACCUGACACCAUUCCAGGCUAUAGCAUCAAGCAGCCGGACAUAGCCGCAAAUGAUUCGGUUGUUUCAGACAAUAGUCUCACGCCGUCCAACUCCGCCUCGCAGGUUGAACCUCAAGGGGGAAACAGUACAAAACCCGCUCAACCUGCGCAGAGGUUCAUUGCAUCCGUCUCCUACUGGUUUAGUAGGAAGGGAGUAUGGAAAGAUAUCAGCCAGGGCGAACCGGCAUCCAUAAUCAUUCGUCCCGGCUUCAUGGAGGUACACGAGCUAAGCGAGCGGAGUUCCAAUCACCAAGCGUACCCGUUGCAGUCAUCGGGCACGUCCGAGGUAGAUAACACAAACAAGGAUGCUGGGAGCGUCUUGCCACUAGUCGGACUGGUUUUGACUCCAGUGGUGAUGAUUCGACGCAGCACGGCCCUGGAUCUCGAAGUGCGCAGCCCAGCAUCCCCAGAAUCGCGGCUGAAGAUUGAGGGAUGCAUGUUCAGAUUCCGAGCAGCAACACAGGCCGAGGCUAAGAAUCUUUACGAAGCGGUCCACCUGAGCCGUCUGAACAACGCCAGAUACAUCCAACUCAGCGAGGAGGCACGGUUCCGUUCGUUUGGACAGGCGCAGCCAAUGGUAGGUGACGGCAGCGCAGAUGACGACAGCUCGAGCCGUCGACGGACCUGGUUCGGACGCAAGAAUAGCUACCGCGCGUCGACGCGGGCGCCGAGCGUAUCGCAGGGGAGCAUCUCCACGACCAUCUCGGCGGGCAGCUUCCUCCGGCGGUUAAUGGGCGGUGGUAACACAGCCUUCAACAUUGAUGAAUCCACCGUUGAUAAGCAGUCGCGGCCUGGGUCCGUCGGGGCGGGCGGCGGUAGCCUCUACACGUCGAGCGCGUCUUCAAGCGGCGGCGGCGCCUCAACGCCUCCGCGGAGCGUGUCGGCCUCGCUGUCCGGCUCGGGCAGCCGCUGGAGCAACGGGCUUGCGAAGCCCUUCUCCCCUGAUCGCCCGCUCGAGAUCCGCUGCCACCUGAACGUCCAAAACAACCGAUGGCUCGACAAGGGCGACUGCAUUCUGCACAUUACGCGGCCGCCGCCAGGGGUCCGACAGGAGCUGUCGCUUUAUCACGGACUUGAGAAGCGGAUCAUCGUCACGCACGCGACCAAGAAGAGCGGCAGCGACAAGGACAAGCCCCUGAUCCUGCUAGAUGCGGUGCUCGGGUCCAAGUGCUUUAGCAUGCUAGGCUCCAAAGGGGUCAUGUGUAGUGUGUGGGAGAAUCUGAGAGACGAGGAGGGGAAUGUCGGUGUUGCUCCCCGGAACGGGGCAGUCGCUGGAAAGGUGACCAAGUGGUGCUUCCAAUGCAAGAGUAUGCAGCAGGCGAAUUGGAUCAUGGGCAUGGUGACCUCGGAGGUGCCGGGGCUGAUGAUGGGCUAG